AUGGUUCCCAGUAUUAACGACAACGACUUCGACGCAAAAUUAGCCGAGAGAGUCCGUCUUCUUGAAGCAAGAGCUCAACAAGAAAAGACAAAGAGCCAGCUUCAAGCUGAGAAGCCAGUCACCGCUCAAAAAGUCCAAUCCUAUCUAUUCAAUGGUACUCGAUACUUCACUUAUGGUCAGACAUCCAUGAAUUUUCUGGCCUGGAUGUACCGUCAACAGCACAUUCCGGUUGGAAACCACAAUGGCACAACUCGUAACGGCUACCCACGUCAAUAUGCGGCAUAUCAGAACGCUGAUAUCAUGGACAUUUAUCACAUGGAACGGGUCUACUGUUAG